UCUUGAUAACUGUUUUGGAGGUUUUGGAGGAGAAAAGAUGAAAAACAUACUUGGCUCAUCAAUCACUGAUGCAUUAAUGUGUUCUCAGUGUCCCCAUGUGAAAGAAAAAAGAACUUUCUGCCUUGACUUCAGGUGAGACUAUACAAGGAUUGCCAUGAGGGCUCUGUGUUGUACAUUCUUCCACCUAUGGCACAAUCAAGUCACAAGGCAGAGCUCUAUGUCUGAGGAUCAUGGGGUGCCUGGAAUUAAUGUCUUUGCAUCACCUGUGCUCAGGUCAGGUAAUCAUGUGGCACUUGAUACUUUACCCUGGAAAUUGUCACCCUCUAGCUAGGCUUCUGACUGCAUUUUGCUUGCACAUCUGGACUGACUCAGGUGUUCCUAUAUGGGAUAGCAAUGCAGCUUCCAGUUAAAGAAUUGAGAAGCAAUUACAUUAAAUGUGUCAUUAACAACUGUAUUCGUCAUGUUUUGUAACAAAUUAUGCUGAGACAUUGAAUCCAAAUCACAAGAAGCUGAGGCUUAUCUUUAGCUCGUGCUUCACUCAAAGGAAGCUCGCAUUCUCUAACAGGCAUCUUCCUGUUACUUGGCUAUGGACUUGAUGUCAGGUGGAAGGAAGAGCUCCAGCCAUGUAAGGUGUAUUUGCAUCAGCGUGUUACUAAGCUGGUGAUCCCUGAGCUGCAGAGGGGUCAAAUGGAGGUCAUUAAGGUGGAGGAAAAGAGUCCCUAGAGGUUAGAAAGUUUAUUGCAGUAGAGCAAAGAAAAUGUGUGCCACUCGUAUCUUGUUGUGAGGUCUGUCUUCUUUAUUGUCUUUCUGAAACAAAUCUGUGUGUCAGGCUAUGUGGUCACAUACUUCUUCUAGUAAGUUUAGUGGUACUGAGAAAACUUAAAACUUCUUAAAACUUUAAAACUUAAAGCAUUUCUGAAGAUUCAGAAAUUUUACUUUAGGUUAGAGUUUGAGCUUGUGAUGAUUGUUUGUCAGCUAACUUGCCGUCACUAGCACAAGUAGAACUUCUUAUUUACAACUUGAAAAUAUUUAUAUCACAAAUAUUUAUGACACAGCAGAAUUUUUUCAGGACAGAAAUGUAUGUGUAGUUAGGUGACCACAAUUAAAAUUAUAAUCUCAGGAGUUAAAGAAGAAUGAAAAAAUUGAAUUCAGCUGUUGUUAUGAGGCAGAUUCUUUUCUGGCCAAAUGACCAAUUUCAAGGAAUUUCAAGGGAGUUAAGAGGCACAUACUUUUGAUUCUGCAUCAGUUUGUCAGCUCCAUACCUGAUCUAGGACUGAAUGUUAUCUCUUGACCAUGCAAAUUUUCUGCAUUGAUCCUUCCCACAAUUUCUGAUUUGUUCUUAAUUAUACCAAAGAAGGAAAUAAACUCUGCAUCCUUGCAAAAUUUUCAUGGCUCUUCUGAUUUGGGGUGUUGCAGGGUGUAGCUAAUGCUCUGAAAAGGCUUCGGGAUUCCUGGAUGAAAGGUGUGAUGAAAGAAGUGUAUUGUUAUUGUUUUAGGGGAGGAAUCAUGCUACUGGGUAAGCCUCUGUCACUGAGACUUGCUGGACUUGUUUGUUCUGACUUGCCUAUGACUCCUUUCUUUCUUAAUUCGGGAGAUAAAGCCUCAAGUCUAUGCUGAGAUGCUGCACAGUGUGUUGUGGUGCUCGGGACGGUGGAUCUCCCAGAGAGAAGAGCUUCUUGCUGACUUCUCAGUCGUACACAGAGGCAGUGAUCCAGAUGGACAGAGGAGUAAGGCGCUUGGAGCCAUGGAAGAUCGCAGUCAUUGUUGUGUCAGUGAUAGUAGGCUUAGCCCUCAUCAUUGGCUUGAUUACAUUUCUUUUGUGCCACGAUCAAGACAGAUAUUACGAUGCAUCUUUCCUAAUCACCAAUGUGGACUAUAAUCCUCAGUAUGAAAGGCAAACUACAGAUGAGUUCAGGAACCUAAGUGAAGAUAUUGAAACCAUGAUAUCUGAAGUAUUCAGGGGGUCCUUUCUAAGUAAAAGAUACCUCAGGUCCCACGUGGUCAGUUUAAACCCAGAUCCUCUUGGAGUGCUUGCAUCUGUUGUUCUGGUAUUUAAAUUUCCCUCUGCUGACAGUGAAGCAGCGACCUGGGGUCAAGUCAACCGUGUGUUACUGAGAAGGCUGAAAGCAAUCUCGACGAACCUGAAUAUUGACCAGUCUACCAUUACACUCACAGAGUUGAACAAGGAAAAGGGAGAUAACCUUUUAAACAACUGCUGUGGAAUACGAAGACAGACAUCAUCCUUCACAGGAGUGGAAAGGAUAACUGGCGGGCAGCAUGCACGGGAGGGAGAAUGGCCAUGGCAGGCGAGCAUUCAGCUCGAUGGGACCCAUCGCUGUGGGGCAUCAAUCAUCAGUAACACCUGGCUGGUGACUGCAGCCCACUGCUUUAGAGGAGUAAGAGAUCCUCGGAGGUGGACUGCCAGCUUUGGAAUUCUGCUGAGACCUCCAAAACAGAAAAAAUUUGUCCGGAGAAUUAUUGUUCAUGAGAGAUAUGGUGACCUUGUCGUUGAUCAUGACUAUGAUGUGGCUGUUGUGGAACUUGCCACUCCUAUUGAAUUCACAAGUGAUGUGCACAGUGUCUGCCUUCCUGAAGCAUCUCACGUUUUCCCAGACAACAGUUCCUGUUUUGUCACUGGCUGGGGAGCUUUGGAGAAUGAUGGCUAUAGUGUUAACCAGCUGCGACAAGCAGAAGUGAGAAUUAUAAGUACUGAGAUUUGUAAUAGGAGACAAGUGUACGGUGGAGCGAUAACAGCUGGAAUGCUGUGUGCUGGAUACUUGGAGGGGCAGGUGGAUGCUUGCCAGGGUGACUCUGGUGGGCCACUGGUGCAUGCAAAUUCCAGAGGAAUCUGGUAUCUUGUGGGAAUAGUGAGCUGGGGAGAUGAAUGUGGCAAGCCAAAUAAACCAGGAGUAUACACACGAGUGACUUACUAUCGAAACUGGAUCCACUCCAAAACGGGCAUCUGAGACCUGGAGCAGGUUAAGUUCUGUGGGCUGUGUACAGCUAUUCCCCUGACACAUCCUGCUCUGUGGUCACCCUCUAAGCAGCUGCUGGCUUAGCUUGUGGUCGUGUAUAAAGUACCUGUAAGCUUGGAGCAGUCUGGGACUUGAAAUUGGUUUGGCCUACAGCCAGACAGGAAUGGACUUGAUCCAUGUGACAUUUGUUUGUUCCGGAAGUAGUCUGUCAGAGGGACAACUGCCUUCGUCUAUAUGCAAUAUAUUGACCCUUUUUUCUACAUGGCCACAUGUCUUGGCCCCAGCUUUUAUACCCAAGCAAAGUGUUUGAGCCCAAACAAUCAUCUACCAGCAUCCAAGACAAGCUAUAACUGAAACCUGGCCCAUCCAUUUGCUGUGUGCUCACAAGGCCCAUUCUACCCAUAGAAAAGCUGCAAUCCAGGCCCUGACACCAAGGCUGCUCUACUUCUGAAUUCUUGAGCUCUUUCCUGCAUCAUUCCAGGGAGUGCACUAUAAUGAAGAAUGGAAGAUGGCUUAAAGCCAAGUCCUGGUUCCUAAUAUCACAUUAGACUGUUAAGUGAAUAGAGAACUUUUCCUUGCCUGAGAAAGAAAUUAGUGGAAAACACCAGCUUGUGUCAGCCUUCUUUGAAGAAGUGAACGUUUGCCUGCUCAUCAUUUCAUAUAAACAGUCUCUACCACAGCAUUUGCAAGGGGAGUGAUUGCUGGACUUAAGACCAAAAACCACCUUAUGUUCAUACCGGUUGUUGUCGUAGAACAAUAUUUGGCUGAAUUAAUUUCCAGUUUUAUCUUUCCAGACUGUAUUAUUUUUCUGAAUAAAAGUCCUUUGCCUUUUGUGCAGGGUGGAUAAUUGAAACAAUCUUAGUAUGACCUUCAUCAAAAAAAAAACUUCUCAAACUUCUUAUUCUUGUGAAUGCUGUUCUCAAGUCUUUAUAGUUUUAUAUGUGCAUCUUUAGCUAUAUCCUGGGAAAAAAAAAAAAUAAAGCUUUUGCAUUACAGUGGAAAUGUCCCUGUCCUUCAGAGCAGGACAGAACUUCUGACAGACCCAAAAAUCUUAUAUACAGAGCUCUCUCUUCUCACAGGAAGUAAGAAUUGCCUGUGUUGCAUUGCCAAACUGUAGCUGACUCA